AUGACGAAGGCCACCGCGGAGGAACCAGACCUCGUGGUCACCGGGGCGGCGGACAGCGUGAGCGUCGCCCAGUUCCCCACCCUGCAGAGGUACAUCAUGGCCCGCACCGGGGACCACGAGAUGUCCCUCCUCCUGAUGGCGCUGACCCUCGCCUGCAAGGCCACGUCGCGCGCGUGCUGCAAGGCGGGCAUCGGAAACUUGUUCGGCCUCGCGGGCGAGGUGAACUCCACAGGCGACGACCAGAAGAAGUUGGACGUGCUGUCCAACGACAUCUUCAUCGACGCCCUGGUGAACAGCGGCACGUGCGCCGUGCUGGUCUCCGAGGAGAAUGAGGAGCCCAUCUUUGUGCCCGCGGCGAAGGCGGGGCGCUUCAUUGUUGCGUUCGACCCUCUCGACGGCAGCAGCAACAUCGACUGCAACGUCAGCACUGGGACCAUUUUCGGCAUCUACGAAAAGAAGAGCAGCGGAAAGGAACCAGCCACCUUGGAUGACGUCUUGCGCAAAGGCAGCGACCUCCUUGUGGCUGGGUAUUGCAUGUAUGGAGCCGCCACAGAGCUCGUCAUAACCUUCAAGGGUCACGGGGUGCACCGCUUCACGCUGGACCCGUCGCUCGGGGAGUUCGUGCACAUCAAAGCGCAUGUCAAGCUUCCAGAGGGUGGCGGGAAGAAGAUCUACAGUUGCAAUGAGGGCAACAGCCAGAAUUGGGACGCCGCCAUGCAGUCGAUAGUCGAAAAGUGGAAGGAGGGCACCAAACCGUACAGUGCCAGGUACGUCGGCUCUAUGGUGUCGGACGUGGUCACCGCUUGGGGCAGCCACGCUGUGUUUUUCUUCUUCGGCCUCCUCGUGGGCGUUUUUGUGCUCCCUGCGGCCUGGAACUGGAAAGCUCAGGCCGCAGGGGGCCACGGGCAGGUCGUGCCCGAGCCGCCCACUGGCAUCCGCGCCCUGGCCUCGCAGCAGGCGCGGGCCGCCAGUCAUAAUGCCGUCGCCAGGGGCCUCGGCGCCCCGCUCUUCGGCAUCGCCGAGGCCAACGCGUACAGGUUCGUGGCCGUCCCGAACGCAGCCGCCAUGUGGGCCCACCUGCGCGUUGCUGCGGGGCUGCUCGGGGCUGGCGCCGCGGGCGAUGGAGCGGCCGCCCCCGCCGCUGGCGGCGCCGCCGCGGGCCUUGGCGGUGCUGGGGCCCUGGCGGCCGCCUUCGGGGUGGUUUUGCCGCCGCCGGCGGCUCCCGCGGCGGCGCCCGCCGCCGGCGUUGGCGCGCUUGGCGCCGCCGCGCCCGUGGCAGCCGCCCCAGGCGCGGCCGCGGCUGAUUGCUCUGUGCUCGAACUGGCGCGGGACGCCUCGGGCCGUCGGGCGCUCGAUUUCACGGCCGCGGCCCUCCAGGCUUCGUCUACACCGCAGGCGGACAGGCCGAUUAAAGGGCCGCGCACCACCCAGUGGUGCCUUGAUCACAUGCGCAGGACUGCUGGCGGCCCGGUGGCGUGGCAUCCGAAGUGGAAGGCGGAACCUCGGUUGCGCGAUACCGACUCCAUCUGCCAGCAGCACGAGAUGAAUUGUAGGCUGCUCGAGCUCGGGAGCUGCUAUGAUCAGGUCAACUGCUCUGAGCUCGCUGCGUUCGAGCUCAUCUGCCGUCAAAUCCAGCUCAUCGAGGAGCGGCACUGCGAGGGCGCUGUCUCCGCCCAGGUCGCUGCCGAGGAUAAGCGGUCGGGCAAGGACAAGAAGGCCUCCGCCACCAGCGAGAGCUUGCUGGCGGUCGAGGCGGACCACUAUGUGGGAGUCUCGGCGAGCAAGGGCAACCUCUGCAUCGCCCCCGCUCUCACCGAGUUCAUUGCUGAGCAGCUGAAGGCGGAGGCUGCCAUCGCCAAGGAGAGGCGAUGGGCGAACGACGGCAUCGCCUCCCUGAGCCAGCUGAGCGCAGCCUUGACGGAGUUGCUCGCGUCGGCGCCCGGCUACUCCGCGGAGGCCCAGCGCGUCAAGCCUUACAACGAGGACCUGAUGUCCUGGUGGGUCGUCUGCUUCGGCCCCGAGAACGGCCUCAGUGCCGCAGCGUCUUUACUUGGCAAGGGCACGCUGCGCCUCGUCUUCGACACGAGGGCGGCGAACGAGGGCUUCGCGGCGCCGCCCAAGACCACGCUGCCCACGGCGGCCGCGCGGGCCGCCCUGGAGUCCGAGCAUCCCGCGGUGCUGGCCCAGGGCGACAUCCAGUGCGCCUUCCACCGCGUGCUCGUGCCUAAGGGCAUGGAGGAGCUCUUCGCGCUCCCCACUAUCUCCAACCGCUUGCUGAAUAUCAAGCAGAUCGACGGGGCACUCGCGCACAACUGCUUCGGCGACGGUGACCUCAUCGAGGACGGCCGCCCAAGCCCCGCCCUCCUGGCGAGGGAUAGCGCGGCUGCGGCAGGCUGCGCGGACAACUUCGCCAUCGUCGGGGGCGACGCGGAGAUCGUCGCCGCGAGGAGGGGCCAGGUCGCCAGGGCGUUGGAGGCUCGGGGGCUCCCCGUUCACUCGAUCGACGUCGCCUCCCCCGUCUCUGUCUUCACGGGCCUCGAAAUCAACGGCGACCUCGGGGCCGCGAGGGCGAAGCCGCCCAGCGCGAUGCGGCUUCGUCAGGGCCUCGUCACGUCCGACCCCGCGGGCUUCAGCGGGGGCCCCUGCGAGAUCCCCGAGGAGCUCAUGCAGGCCUCGUCGCGGGCCGCCGUCAUCUCCAGGAUCGCGGCCCUUGCACUCGCUACCAGUCUUCGGUGUUAUGUGCGCUGGCUGCCGUCGGAGCUGAACGCAGCCGACUGGCCGUCUCGCCAUGGCUUCUUCCACGGCAAAGGCUUCGAGGAGCACGACUUCGUCACGGCCAGCCAGCUCGACGCGAUGCUGGUGUCUUUCCUGACGGACUUGGCCCUGGACGGUUUCGACGCGGCGACGGGGGGAAUGACGGUCGCGGCGCUGCGGCACUUCCUGCCCCGCAUCCUCAGCGGCAUGGCCGCAUUCGUGGCGCUGGUCUUCCACGCGCACCUCAGGCCGUCGGAGGCCCACCGUGUGCGCGCGGGCUCGCUGGCGCCGCCAAUCCCUGGAUCUGGCUUCAACACUUGGGGCUUCGUCGCGAACGAUGCGAAGUCGGGUCGCCCCGGCAAGGCGGGCGCGACGGGCGAGUCGGUCCUGGUGGACGCCCCCGGGCUCUGGCCCGCGCUGCACGCGCCGACGCUCAACGCGCCUGCAGGCGCCAGCCUCUGGAACUUCAAGCCCGCCGACGUGCGCGUGAUGUUCCGCUGGGCCCUGAUGGGUCUGGGGCUGCAGAAGGUAUUCGCGAAGAUGUCGGAGCUGAUCGAGACCGCGUUCGUGAUGGGCCCCUGCCCGCUAGAGGCCCCGCCGAGUCACGGUGGCGGAUUGUACGGCGGCGUCUACCUCUACCCCGCGGACAAAAAGGAGCCGAACGGGAAGCUGAGGGUGCUGUACGAGGGGUUUCCGAUGGCCAUGAUCAUGGAGGCCGCGGGCGGCAUGGCCUCGUGCGGCUUGUUUAAGGGCAAGGUCCAGAGGAUGCUGGACAUCGUGCCGACGAAGAUCCACGAGAAGUGCCCGGUGGUAAUCGGCUGCAAGCGUGAUGUCGAAGCUGUACUCGAGGAGUACAAGGUGCAGGGGCUGAUCUAG